ACGACGUCCAGUUACUGCUACUUGUCGCUAGAUGGCAGCUUUUAGAGAAAUUCAAUUCAACCCUAGAUUUUCUAAAUUUUAAUUUCAGUAGGUAAAAUAUGGUAUAUAUAUAUUUCUAUAUUAUUUCUUCUAUUAAAUUCUAAAUAUUCUAAUUUUCCUGUACAGAUAUGAAAAACAGAUAAAUAUUUUUACAAGAGAAAUAUAAUAAUCGUAUUAACAAAAAAAAAAGAAAAAACAUAUAAAUAGGGCGUAAAUAGGUACCUAUUGGUAAAAUUAAAAAUGUUGAUUAACAAGUUUUUACUACACAACGGUAAAGGAUUUUUUUUAAUUAUAUUGAAAUUCGCUGUUUAGGGUACGUAAAAAUUCUUAUAAUUCUGAAUUUGUGAGUCAUGCUCUUAUUAUGAAUUCAUGUGACUGUAGGUAUUUAAAUCUGUUAUGUAAUGUGUUAAAUAACCUAACUUUUGAGCUGCUCCUAUGUACAACUUGUCAGCUGUUAAUCAUCUUAAAUAAAUUUUUGGUGUCUUGAUAAAUACCUAAUCCUUCGAUUGCGUUACAAAUUCGUUCAACAUUCUUUAAUACUUCUAUGUAACGUCUAGAUGAUUUGGCCUGCUGACUUGGGAAGUUUCGGCUGCUAACUGGACAGAAAUUUUGCAUCAUAUAUCAAAAUGUCUCUCAAAAAAGUUUUGAUUGUAAACAAGACGUUCCCGAAGGCUGGAUUGGAUUUAUUAAAGGAUAAACUACAGGUGACAGUGCUACCAUAUUUAGACUACCAACCAGAGAUGUUGCCAGAAAUAAAGAAAAAUAUUGCGGGAAAUCACGCCUUGAUAUGGAACACGAAGCAUCGUCUCAACAAGGAAUUAUUGGACCUAGCUGGUCCACAGCUAGAAGCCAUAACAACCAUGGCAUCUGGUGUAGAUCACAUAGAUAUAGCCGAAGUUGCAAAGCGCGGUAUACCGUUGGGCAAUACUCCCGAAGUGCUCGACAAUGCUGUGGCUGAUAUCACUGUGGGAUUGCUGAUAGCUGCAGCUAGGAGCUUUAAGCCUGGUAUUCGGGAGGUGGAAAGUGGCGAAUGGAAAUACGGUGUCCAAUGGAACUUAAGUCGUCACAUAAACGGUACAACUGUUGGUAUUGUUGGCCUUGGAGGCAUCGGGCAAGCUGUUGUUAGACGCUUGAAGGGCUUUGAUGUGGGGAGGUUUAUCUAUUCUGGACGUAGUGAUAAACCAGAAGCGAAAGCUUUAGGAGCUGAAAGGGUACCAAUAGAACAAUUAUUAAAAGAAAGCGACUAUGUGGUCCUCUGUUGCCCUUUAACUGAAGAGACUAAACACCUUAUUAAUAAAGAAACUAUAAAAUUAAUGAAAGAUACUUCUGUCAUCGUUAACAUCGGUAGAGGAGGUAUUAUAGACCAAGACGCUUUGUACGACGCUUUGAAAGAGGGUCGUAUCUUCGCGGCCGGUUUGGACGUCACCACGCCAGAACCUAUUCCUAAGGACCAUCCUCUUGUAUCAUUGCCUAAUUGUUUAAUAAUUCCACAUCUGGGCAGUGCAACAGUGGAAACUCGUGACGCGAUGGCAAAACUAUCGUCACAAAACAUACUACAAGCUCUUGAUGGAAAACCAAUGUUGCAUCCAAUUUGUUGAAUGUAAUUCCGAAUACCUAUAUUAUUUGCAUGGAAAAUUAUAAAAUACACAUUUAUUGAACAAAA